AUAAAGAAAAUGUGUCAACUAAAAAAGAAUGAAAAAGUAUAAACAAGUGGUUGUCGAAAUUUGAUAAAGCUUCUGGAUCUCCUAAAGGGCAAGAGAGACACAUUAUUGGAUAAGAACAUAAUCUAGAGAAGAAGGGAAAAAAAAUGCAGAUAGGAUAAGGAAGAAACAUUGGAAGGAAAAAACAUUAGCCACAAGUCCACAACGUCAUGGCCACCAUAUUCUCAGGCUCAGCACUAGUAUCCACUUCCACAUCCACCUUAACAAAACCACCCCAAACACCAACCAAAGCCACACCAAUUACCUGCUUAACCAAGGCAGCACCUCAAACUAAUAACAAGCUAACAACCACAUUAACUGCCAUCGCCACGGCCGCAGUUGUCCUAUCCAGCUCCCCUCCAACGCUGGCUGAUUCAACAACUGCAUACAGUAUCUACUACGGUACAGCAGCAAGCGCCGCGAAUUAUGGAGGUUAUGGCGGGAAUUCAAGCAAGAAAGAUUCAGCAGAGUACACAUAUGAGGUCCCUCAAGGUUGGAAAGAGAGGCUUGUUUCUAAAGUAGAGAAAGGUACUAAUGGCACUGACAGUGAGUUCUAUAAUCCUAAAAAGAAGACUGAAAGAGAGUAUUUAACCUUCUUAUCUGGGUUUAGGCAACUUGAUCCUAUUCCUAAAGAUGUGGUGCUUAAUAACUUAGCCUUAUCUGACGUUCUUUUGCUGGAUCAGAUUUCUAAUGCUGAGUCUCUUACCUCUCAAGAUAGGAGGGAUGAGAAUGGUCAGCUGUAUUACGAUUACGAAAUUGAUGGUGCUGCUACUCACAGUUUGAUCUCUGUUACAUGUGCCAACAAUAAGCUGUAUGCUCAUUUUGUUAAUGCACCUAGUCCUGAAUGGAACCGUGAUCAGGAAAUGCUCCGCCACCUCCACCAAUCCUUCAAAACUCUACUCUAGCCUCCUCCUCCUCUUCUUAGCUAUGUUCGUGUACGUUUUCCUCCAACUUUGAUUGAUUGCUUGUCAUCUACUAUAUGUAUGCUCUUAUUUGAUAGAGAUGAUAAUUGUAGAGCUAGAGGCACAUAUUCAUAAAUAUACUCACUACUCAUGUUUUUUCUGUAUGUAUUGAGUAUCUCGAUCUAUUCAAACAAUAAUUCCCGUCUCA